UGAUGAUAUUAGGCCUUGGUUCCCCUCUCCAGAUUCCUACCAUGUCCAACACAUUGGAGGAAUCUUCAAGGGAAGACAGGAAGGUUUGCUGGAGUCGAAAUGCUUGUAUUCGACGGCCAACAGUGAGGGUGUCCCUCGAGUACACGAAGGCCGAUUAAAAGAUGUCGAAAUGACAUCUUCGACGAACGGCAAGAUCAAGUAUUCAAGGUUGAUCGAAAUAUUCGUGGUUGACCCUCUUCGCUGCAUCGACGUCAAAAGAGGGUCCAGCGUUGGUUGCUCCUUCCCUGCCAGACACAUUCUUGGUCAUCAAUCUUUAUCGAUUCGAGUCAGAACUUCUUUCUUCCAACUCAUCCACCAUAGUCGCGAAUGUGAACUUUUCACUUUCGCAUCAAUUCUGCUUCUUCGACAAGCAUCGCAUCAUCACUAGCGUAUUACUUCAAUUCUCCAUCAUGCGUUUCGAGAACUGGGACAUUCUGCUCUUCCCGCAGAUGUCUGGAACUCCCAUCCAAGAGUUUCGCACAGAAUGCUUCGGCGUUGCCAAUCCAAUCGGCGUAACUCCAACACUCAAUGCCUAUAUUCCUUCACUGCCUCGCGGCACUCCCUUCAAGAUCUCCUUACACUCGUGGUCCAGGCCAGUCUUGCAGUUGCCCAAUGAUGCAGACGGUCAAAUCUCGCUGGCAAUGCAUGUCGCAGUAGAUGGAAUCCCAGUUGCAGUCGAGCGAAUCAACCCAGACGGCAACUUCCCUGCCACAGUCAACAACUCACCUACCGUCAAGAUGCUAUUUCCUCCGUUCCACAGAGUUAUUCGCAACCAGAAGGAUCUUUACAUCGCCGACAAUGUGGGACGCAUCACUGUCAGCCUUUCUGAAGGUCACUUCUACCCAGAUGCAGCUUCGGGCAAACUCCACUUCCGUCCUAAGAAGAACAUCGUUACCUUCAAAUGGGUGCAUGCACCUCAGAGUAUCCUUCGCAAGGCCGGCAUCUCAUGGCCCAAUGGCAAGCUUUUCCAGAAGCCUGAUGUCUUCAGACACAACCAGAUACCUCCCAUGUUCUAUCCUGUCGACAACCAGAGCACCAGUUCUCAAGAAAGCGAGUACUUUGUGCCUCCUUCUAUGGCUAAUUCGGGGGUCGGUGGACCGUUCUCGUACCCCACUAGCUCUCCUCCAUUCCAUUUCUUUGAGCAGGACCUUGCCGUUGUUGAUCAGUUCGACCUCAGUGACUUCACCACAUCUUCAGACUUCUCAUCAGGCUACACCUAUGGAGCACCGCUGUCUGAGUCCAUCCAUGCGCCUCUUCCCACCCGUCAGCUACAUACGACAAGAAUUGCUAGCGACCAGGUCAGAGAGAUCGCCAGCGCAAUCGUUCCCGAACUCAUCGAACACGGUGUCUUGAUGAUGGACGGCGCCAUGGACAGCAAGGGACUCGCUCCACCAGCUGAUAGAGAUCCCAUGAGAAAAUUGUCGGACAUCAGCAUGCACGCAUCUUGCGAUCAGUUUCCAGGAUGCGUCAAAGACGCUGCCAAUGGCGUGGGUGUCAUCCACCAACCUCGCCCCCUGGUGGCCAUCCCCUCAAGAGCUCCCAGAGGCCGCAAGAGGGUCGGAUCUGUCCUUACGGACAAGGACACCAACUACAGACCAUCCAAGAAGAUCAGUAAGCGCACGAAGGCUUACUACACCAUGGUCCCAGAGGCUGAGAUGCUUCGCUUGAGCGUACAGGAGUGAUUUGAGAUGGAUCAAUGAACUGACAUGGACGGUUACUUCUACUUGCUUUCAACCAUACCAAGGAAGGAGAAGGGG